GCCUGAGCCUCGCCCGAGCGCGGGAGGCGGGUUCUUCGCUGUCGGCUGAAGUGGCUUCCUGGUCACCUGAGAAGCAGGAAGGAGCCUGGUGGCCCAAUUCAACCCGCCGCCGCCGCCACCAUGGCAUCGCUUUUCAAGAAGAAGACGGUGGAUGAUAUAAUUAAAGAGCAAAACAAGGAGCUAAGAGGUACACAGAGAGCUAUAGUAAGGGAUCGAGCAGCUUUGGAGCGACAGGAAAAACAGCUGGAAUUGGAAAUAAAGAAAAUGGCUAAGACAGGAAAUAAAGAAGCUUGUAAGGUUCUAGCAAAGCAGCUUGUACAGCUGAGAAAACAGAAAACUCGAACUUAUGCUGUUAGCUCAAAAGUUACAUCCAUGUCUACUCAAACAAAACUGAUGAAUUCACAGAUGAAAAUGGCAGGAGCAAUGUCAACAACUGCAAAGACAAUGCAAGCUGUUAAUAAAAAGAUGGAUCCACAGAAGACAUUGCAAACUAUGCAAAACUUCCAGAAAGAAAAUAUGAAAAUGGAAAUGACUGAAGAAAUGAUCAAUGAUACCCUGGAUGAUAUCUUUAAUGAUUCUGAUGAAGAACAAGAAAGUCAGGAUAUUGUAAACCAAGUCCUUGAUGAAAUUGGAAUUGAAAUUUCUGGAAAGAUGGCCAAGGCUCCUUCGGCUGCCAGAGGCAUGCCAUCUGCAUCUACAUCCCAAAGUGCCACAAUUUCAGAUGAAGAGAUCGAACGGCAGCUCAAAGCUCUGGGGGUGGAUUAACCUCAUACUGAACAUGCAGCCUGCCUUCUAGAGUUAUCCCAUGUGUCAUGAACAUACACAUGAACUUUCAACACAAGUUCCAGUAAAAACCAAAAUCCUUUGCAAACCUUGCCUAAGCCAUUACUGUUGACAAUAAAUUCAGGAGGCAGUUGGAAGAAGUAUUUGCAAACAAUUGAGAGAAAACAAUACAAACUGUGUAUAAUUUGUAUUCACUUGACCAUAUUGUGAUCUACUGUAAACAUGAUAAUCUGUUACAAAUGAUCUCAAUUUGGAUUGGUUGUGUUUAGCUUUUCCUCCAAAAAUUACCUUGCUUGAUGAACACCAUUUUCUUUCUCUGUCUUUUUUUUUUGUGGGGGAGUGGUGCUGUCCUAACCUUCCAUAAGUUAUUGCAAGUAGCCUUUCUUUGUUUUCAGAUAAGUUUCUGUUGUGAAUACCGUAAGAAACUUCUUAAUUUAUGAUAUGACUUAAAUGAAGCCUCACUUUUUCUUUCUAUUGGAAGGUGGCAAUUAUCAUCUUCAGGUGAAGGAUUUAUAAAAAGUUUAAGUAGCCUUUUAUUAAGCACCUUUUUAGCAUAUCAUUUUUGAUUCAGCCAUGUGUUACAGUGAGAUGUAAUCUAGAAUUUUCAUACAGUACUAUUAUCCAGUUAGUGGAAUUGCGUUGAAAGCAAGGUUGUGGUCUAGCAGUAUUUUGUGUUUUCACAAUGGGUUGUAAGGAAAGUGCUGAAUAACUUCCAUUGUACUGUAACAUAGCUAACUUGAAAAAAAAAACAUUUGUGCCUUUGUGUAUAUACUGCUUGGUUUCUUUUAAUUAAGCUUUGAAUUGUGAAAAAUGUAAUGUUAAGCCAUUAUCUCAACUUAGAUAGCACUGAAAGUUAUGUGAAAACUGUAACUGCUGCUACAAAGUAUGUAAAUUAACACCUGGAAAGGCAUCUUUUUUCCUGAAAUAACUUUUGUACAUACCACUAUGCAGCAUUUAUCAUUGAACAAGUGUUUUCUUUGAAAAUAUACUUUAUUGUCCAAUGUUC